AUGAAGACUCCUUUGCUGUUUCUUCUUCUUCCUCUCUUUCUUUUGGCUUUGACCGCCAGAUGGUCGCCGGUGAUAGCCCAAGAUGAACCCGAAGCUGUGCUUGACACAAUGGGUCGUCAGCUCUGUUCAACAGCCACGUACUUCAUCUUGCCUGCUAUCUCAGGGAUGGGCGGUGGCCUCAACUUUGAGAGUACCAAGAACGGCACAUGCCCAUUUGAUGUCGUCCAAGAUGAAGACGAAGAAUCCAAUGGUCUCCCACUGGCCUUCUCGCCGGUGAACCCCAAGGAGGAGAUCAUCCGUGUAUUGACUGAUCAGAACAUCAGGUUCGCCAUCGACACAUUGCUUCCACAACCAACUGUGUGGAAUCUUGGAGACUUCAAUGAAUCAGCACGUACGUUUUUAGUGGAGACAUGUGGAUCUAUAGGAAAUCCAGGUAUUGAAACUCUAAGCAACUGGUUCAGGAUUGAGCCAUUCGACGAUGAUUACAAGCUUGUUUUCUGCCCUACUGUCUGCAAUUUCUGCAGACCUGUGUGCGGAGACCUGGGCAUUGCUAUCCAGGAUGGAGUCAGACACUUGGCUUUGGGCUCUGGACUCGAACCAUUGAAGAUCAAGUUCAAGAAGGGGUGAAAUAAAUCAUCUCAUAAUCUGAUCAAAGAAGCCGCAUCAGUGUGUUUAUGUAUUAGAUAUACAAUAUAUAGUGGAUCUAUUUUCUGAUCAUGAAUAAUAAUUACUAAAAGAAUGUAUUAUAGGAUUUUCUGUGACCAACUUUCCCGCCGGUGUUCAAUUUUCUGUAAG